AAGUUUGCAUGCUACGCAUUGAGUCGCUAGCUUUGUGAGAAACGUGUUAUUAUCUGGUCCAGUAAAUGCUAGUCCAAUUUCCGGACGAACAACGAUAGGCAUGAUACUUAGCAUGCCUAGGCCUACCCCAGAAGCUUUACAUUUGCUCACUUUUUUUUUCUAACUUGCCAAUAAAAUUUUAGGGUAUCACCGAAAAUUUGGGUCGGUCGCGAAAUCGGAAGCAUUAUUUUAGCAUCUGAAAGUUGGAUUCCGUGGUCGUUAUUUGGGUAUUCAAACGAUGUUUUUACUAGUUGCAUCCACUCUAGGCCUAUGCCUCUGUUACUAAAGAAUAGAGUGAACGAUAAUCGAUGGGGCGAAGUGGGGAUGAGGCGAAGUGGAAAUGGGGCGAAGUGACCGACACCCAUCCAGAAGUGUGGGGUUAGACCCCGAUGUCUUCCCCACUCCCAAGAACGUUUGUCAGAGUGGGGGCGGGUGUUCAUGGGAGUGGGGCGAAAGUUGGACCUCACAGUUCUGGAGGAGGCCUAACUCAUUAGGCCAUACAGUUCUUACUUCCUGAACAAUUCUUGGCAUAUAUUCUUAUGCGAUCGGGAGCUGUUUGUGUUGUGAUGUACCACAAUGGAUGAUCUUUGCAGGCCGGCCUUGUUUGUCUCCGUGCACAGCUCAGAUGAGGAGGUGGACAUGUCGCGUCCACCCACAUCGGCUGAGGAGUAUCUUCGCAGAGUGAGAUUGGAAGCUCAGAGUUGCCCAAGCACUGUCGUCGCAGAAGUGGACCGAGAUAUGUUCAGAGGAAAGCAGACUGUCAUGUUUUCCAACUCCACAGGUUUUAGCCCUGCACCAGCUGGUUACGCACCAACCAUUGAGUGGCAGAGAUACCAGGCAGCAUCCUUCUCAGAGCUGAGGCAGAAGCUAGGACAUCACCGGUCGAAAGUUGCAAGCCAACCCAAGAGCAGUAGACCCACCUUGCCAAGACUACAAGAAGAAGAGGCCUGGUGCGUCCUCUGUUUUGGAAAUGACUUCUGGCAGAGGUUGCUGUCACGGAAAGGAAAAGAAACGAGGGCAGAUCAAGAUAUCGAGGAAGCCACCCCAGGUCAGGAAAUGAGAACACAUAAAGGUGUUCCUCCCCUACUGAGCAUUGUCUCCGCUAUGGAACAGCCCACAGUCUGUCAACUUUUGGAGUACCACAUUGAGUGGCUGAACCACCUUGGCUUCAGUGUCUCUCAGGGAUGUUGGCUCUUUGCUCUGCUGGCUUGCCUUGAGAAACCAUUGCUCCCUGAGGCAGCAUCAAUGCUGCGAACCCUAGCCAGGCACUGCUCAGCAAUACGUGCCUCUCUGGAAACUAAGGAGGAUCAGCGCUUGGCCCCUCUCAAUCUUCUCAUCUCCUUAGUAGCGAGGUAUUUCGACCAAUCAGACUUGGCCGACAGUGGAUGAGAGCUUUUUUCCUCACUUGGCAUUAUUAGUAGUUGCAUUUGACCACCAAAGUCCCCUAUUCGGUUUAUCUGCUUAGACUUGGUUCAAGCCACCAGUGUUGUCUAGCUGCGGAUGAUGAUCAACUGACUAGCUCAAGCAGGAUGUCUUGCCAGACUUACUUCAAACUAUACCCCAUUACAACGUUAAGCCACUCGUUGAAAAGAUCUGUCUGAUUUGAUCUUUUAUCUACUAAACCUGAAGUUUUUGUUUUGACAUAUUUGCUUGAUUCGUCAAGUUUGAAAAAAAAAAGCUUUGAAAAUGCUGUGUUUAAAAUUCCUGAGAACAUGUGCAGUAGUAAAGUUGUAUGUUCAGUUCACACACAGUGGCACUUGAGGUCUGAGUUGAUGCUUCACACAAGUUUAAAAGCAGAACUUUACGUCACAUUUAGAGUUUGUGUAGACCAGAAGCUCUAAAAGCAGUGUAUAUUGAGGUUUUUAAAAGUUUAAGAAAUGUGGGUGAAACAGCCCAAAUUGUUGUCUUGUCCAUGUAAAUAAAGAUGUCAACUACUUUCAGAGGCAUAUACUGAAAACUUUGUCUACUGUCUGAAAUUGUCUAAAAUGGAUAUGUCUGAAAGGUAAUUGCUUUAGUCAUUUUGCUGUAUUGCAGAAUGGGGCCAAAAUUAGUCUAGUGUAUUCAUUAAUUACCCUCUAAUUUUGUAGGGAAAAAAAAUCAUUUUUCUAGCAUAAUUGUAAUCAUUAAAAUGUGAUAUUUAGCGUUUUAUUUUAACCCCACUUAUUUGUAGGGUCAACCUUGGUAUUAAGCAGAAAUGUUCUGAAUGAAGUUGAGUGAAAAAAUCUGGUAAAUUGCAUGUUCUUUAUUUUACGUGUGUCAUAACGUGAAGUUAGACCCUUGGUUGUUUUUGGAAAUAUUUUUAAUGUAAAGCCUUCCUGCUUUGCCCCAUCUUUACACAAGACCAGGUAGACCCCUUUAUUUACGAUAAACAACUGAAUCAAUUUAAAAAAAUCCCAGUAACCAAUUCUUGUUUAAUGUCUCGAGUAUUCGGGGCUCGUUUGUAAACUUCUUAAACCCGAACAGCCAACAAUUAUUCCAAAACAAUGUGACUAGAGGAAGUCUAGGUUUUGUGCAUAUUGCGGAAUAGGGGUUUUCCCUACGUGAAGGAGAAAUAUCACUGUCACCGAACACGCAAGGAUAUUUCUCCCUUAAAUCUCGCCCCAUUGACGUCAGAGCCGUAAGAAAAGCCUUGAUUGACUUCAGGCCGUCUUCAAGGAUCCUUGUGCCACAAAUUGUUUGUCUUUCUGUGCUGGUCAAGGUACUUAUUUUUAUUUAAGUAGGCCUCUAAAAAUGAAGUCUACCUCGCAACCGGCAAGUUCAAGUUGAUGGUCACUGGUUUGACGGUGCAUUACGUUGAUGCAUUAACAUUAAUUAUAAACUAGGGGGCUUGCAUGAUAGCCAACUGCAACAUGUUGAACUUGGCCAAGAAAGAUGAUGUACUUUGACUUCAAGGGAAUACCACAGAAUUAAUGAUUCGUUAAGAACUCUAAAUGGAUUG